AUGGAGAUGCAUGAACAAUAGCGGCUCAGAGUUGCAUGCUUCUUUUUCUACUUCGGCUCAAUUCAUACAUUUCAUUCAAAAUAUAACGACUUUCAUUCAUCUAUUUAUUAUCCUCUCCAUGCGCCAUGGCGAUUGCCCACGUAGCAACAGAAUACGUUUUUUCGGACUUUUUGUUGAAGGAUCCCACGGAGGCAAAGUACAAAGGAAUGCGACUGGAGCUGGCCGUGGACAAGAUAGUGACCUUCCUGGCCGUGGGCCUACCUUUGUUUCUCAUCUCGCUCGCUUUUGCUCAGGAAGUGUCCGUGGGAACACAAAUCAGCUGCUUUGCCCCCACUAACUUCUCCUGGAGACAAGCAGCGUAUGUGGAUUCCUUUUGCUGGGCAGCAGUACAGCAACAAGCUGAUGGUUCACCACUCUGGCUUCACAAGUUCUUUCCAUAUAUCCUGCUCUCACUGGCCAUCCUUGUGUAUAUCCCUGCCCUUUUCUGGCGCUUCACUGCAGCCCCACAUCUCUCCUCGGAUCUCAACUUCAUAAUGGAGGAGCUUGACCGCUUUUAUAAUCGUGCCAUUAAACUGGCAAAGAAUUUGGCAUCCUUGGAUGCUAAAGAUAAGGAUGCUUCACAGGACACACAGAGCAGUGCUCUGGAGCUGACUGAGGGUUGCUUCAAAUAUCCUUUAGUUGAGCAAUAUCUAAAGACCAAGCGCUUCUCUCACCGCCUCGUGAUCAUGUACUUGGCAUGCCGAGGCUUGACUCUGCUCAUCCUGCUGCUCGCCUGCCUCUACCUGGGAUACUACAUUCGACUGGCCUCCCUUACCGAUGAGUUUCCUUGUGACUUGCGCACAGGGGUGCUGACCAAUGACAGCAGGGUACCCUCAGCCGUCCAGUGUAAGCUUGUGGCAGUGGGGGUCUUCCGACUGCUCAGCUACAUCAACCUUGGGGUGUAUGUGCUACUCACUCCACUGGUGGCGUAUGCCGCUGUCAGACCUGCACGUCAAAGUUCCAACUUCCUCCGGCCUUAUGAGAUGCUGCCGGGUUUUGGUGCUUUGGGGGUCAUCACACCCUUCUACAAUGACCUCAGCAUCUAUCUGCUGUUUCUGCAGGAGAACCUAAGUGAAUUGAAAUCCUUCAAGUGCCUCCAGGUGCUCGAGUUGUUGCAAGAAGCUGGUGAGGAGGGGUUUGAUGCCAUGUGCCUACUGCGAACUCUGGGCCAGGUGAAAACAGAUGUGUUGGAUUGUAAGAAGGCAUGUCCACGAAACAAAGCUAAGGAAGUGACAUCAUAAUUCCACUGAGCGCUUUCUACCUCAUUAACCAAGUGCUGCUGUGACCAACGCUUGACCUGAUUUCGACCGGUGGUUUGGAAUGUAUCCAUCCAUCCAUCCAUUUUCUUCCGCUUAUCUGAGGUCGGGUCGCGGGGGCAGUUGCUUAAGCAGGGACGCCCAGUGCCUACUGCGAACCCUGGGCCUUUGGAAUGUCCAUCCAUCCAUCCAUUUUUUGUACUGCUUACCCUCACUAGGAUCGGGGGCGUGCUGGAGCCUAUCCCAGCUAUCUUCGGGCGAGAGGCGAGGUACACCCUGAACUGGUUGCCAGACAAUCGCAGGGCACAUAGAAACAAACAACCAUUUACACUCACAGUCACACCUACGAGCAAUUUAGAGUCUUCAAUCAACCUACCACGCAUGUUUUUGGGAUGUGGGAGGAAACCGGAGUACUCAGAGAAAACCCACGCAGGCACAGGAAGAACAUGCAAACUCCACACAGGCAGGGCCCGGGAUUUGAACCCCGGUCCUCAGUACUGUGAGGCAGAUGUGCUAACCAGUCACCCACCGUACUGCCACAUUUGGAAUGUAAUGGAUUUAAAAUGGUUACUCAUUCAAUAUGUUUUUAUCUCUUAGAUGUUACUUGAUAUGACUCCUGCAUUCUCGUGACAUUUUUUUUCAUUAGUUGCACCAAUUCCAUUAGAAGCAACCACCAAUUACAUUUGUAGUAGGAUUAUAACAUUAUAUAUCUCCGGCAGCACGGUAACCUAGUGGUUAGUCUGCCUCACAUCUCUAAGGUUCUAGAUUCGAAUCUUGGCUCUGGCCUUCCUAUCUGGAGUUCGCAUGUUCUCCACCUGCUUGUGUUUUCUUUUCCAGGUAUUCCGGCUUCCGCCAACAUUCCAAAAGCAUGUUAGGUUAAUCGAAUGUGAGUGUGAAUGUGAUUCAUUUGUUUAUACCAUAUGUGCCGUGCUAUUGGCUGAUGACCAGUCCAGGGUGUACCAUGUACGCCUCUCGCCCAAAAACGGCUGGGAUAUGUUCCAGCUCAUCUGUGACCCUAAUGAGGACAAGCGGUACAGAAAAUGGAUGGAUGACUGUUUAUCUCCUGUAAGGCACAUAUAGCAGCCUUGAAAUGCUUAUCAUCGUCUGAACAUGCUGCAUACAUUAGGUCAGUUUUCACAAGUUUCUUAGUCUUUUUUUUAAGUCACUGCACACAAGUGUUGUUUACUACAAUGACAAAACUGUUGUACAACACAAAAUCCGUCUUCAAGUGUCUUUAUGUGUUCAGUCUUACUUGUUUGUUCUACAUUUGAACGGUGAUUAAGACAAUAUAUAAUUGUUUAAAAUAAAUAUAAGGUUUUUAAUUCUUUUAAUGGCACUCUUUGCUUUUCUUAGGUGUAUUGUAAAUGCCUUCCUAACAUUUGUGAAUGUCGGCAAUGCUUCUGUAACUAACUACUCUUUGUACUACUGUGCAUAUUGUAUACGACUUGUGUAUUUAUCUUGUAGUUAAGAGCCAACUGCAAUACAGCACUUGCCUUUUUAUGAGUGAUGUUUAUUUAUUUAUUUUACAGCUGUAAAAUACUGUAGUUUAUUCACUUUUAGGAGACAAAUGGAACAUUAAUAGUUAAUGGGCACAUAUAGUUUUCUUAAAGCAUGAAAAAUUCCACUCGAAAUAUGUGCAUGUUAAAAAUAGCCUGAUACAGUAAUGGAAUUAUGGAAAUGACAUGAAUGAAAGUGCCAGCUUGGA